AUGAAGGCGUUGGGCGUGAUCCCGGCGCGACUGGGCUCGACGCGCUUUCCAGGGAAACCGUUGACCGAGUUCUUUGGUAAGACUAUGAUUGAACACACCUAUGCAGCAGCAGAGGGAUCAAAAUUGCUGUCGAAAGUAGUUGUGGCAAGUGACAGCGAGCGCGUGCUGAGGGUCAUUCAGGGCGUUGGUGGCGACACGGUGCUCACUGGAGCCUGUAAUACGGGCACAGAUCGAAUUGUGCAGGCGCUGCACCUUAUGGGUUCUGAGGAGCUAAACGAGUACGAUAUCGUGGUGAACAUUCAGGGCGAUGAGCCAGGCGUGAACCCGAGACACAUUGAUAUGUGCAUCAAGGCGUUGCGUGGCGCUGGACCUGACAGCGUGAUGAGCACUCUAGCUACACCGAUAUUUGACGAGCGAGAGGCCCGUAGUCAAGAUUCAGUCAAAUGUGUAGCUGAUCGUAAUAGCAACGCGCUCUACUUCUCGCGAGCAAUGAUCCCGCAUUCCAAGACCGGCAUAUUCUCUCCUGAAACAACGGCAUAUCUUCGCCACGUUGGGAUGUACGCGUUCCGUAAGGAUUUUUUGCUGGAGUUUCCGACUUUACCUCCUUCGGAUCUUGAAGAGUCUGAAGAUCUGGAGCAGCUUCGAGUGCUGUCCGCAGGGUAUCGGAUCAAAUUAGUGCAAGUGGAUUCAACCUUGCCAGGCGUCGAUACACGCGCAGAUCUCGAUGCCUUGAAGUCGCGGUGGCCUGCUCGUGCAGAAACCAAUUAGACAGACCCAGUUUUUGAGAUGGUA